AUGACCAGCAACAGUCACAUCUCUCCUACCAUGGUGCCCUACACCUCCGUGCUGGACUCCAUACCUACGGAGGGCGUUGCUCUCACGCCUAGCGAGGAAGAGGGCCAGGCGGGGCUCGUCAGCAAGCCCUACAAGUGUUCAGAGUGCGGCCGCUCCUUCGUCCGACUUCCCGAGCUGGAGCUGCACGAGAUGUCCCACGCCACGGAGCGCCCCUACCCCUGCGACCUGUGCGGCAAGGCCUUCGCCCAGACCUCGGCCCUGGCCAAGCACCAGCGCGUGCACACGGGCGAGAAGCCGUACAAGUGCCCCUCCUGCGAACGGCGCUUCGCCCUCUCCUCCGGCCUGGUGCUGCACAAGCGCAUCCACACGGGCGAGCGUCCCCACAGCUGCCCGCUCUGUGCCAAGACCUUCAUCUCCUCCUCUCACCUGGCCCUGCACCUGCGCUCACACACCGGCGAGCGCAAGUACAAGUGCGGCGUCUGCGGCAAGCUCUUCCUGCAGUCCUCCCACCUGGUCCGCCACAAGGCCAUCCACUCCGGGGAGAAGCCCUUCAAGUGCCCCGAAUGCGGCAAGGGCUUUGGCCGCGCCUCGCACCUCAAGACCCACCGGCGUCUCCACACGGGCGAGAAGCCCUUCAAGUGCACCCAGUGUGACAAGGCCUUCACCCAGAAGGCCGGGCUCAUCAUGCACCACCGUCUCCACACGGGCGAGCGGCCCUUCAAGUGCGACAAGUGCGGCAAGGCCUUCCGAUCGUCCGCCCACCUGCUCUCGCACCAGCUCCUGGAGUCUGGCGAGCGGCGCUUCUGCUGCGACCGCUGCGGUAAGGCCUUCAAGUCGCCGUCAGCGCUGAAGCAGCACGAGAAGACGCACGGGAGCAGCGAGCCCUUCCGCUGCGGCGUGUGCUACCGCUCCUUCGCCCGCUCAGCCUACCUGCAGCUGCACAUGCGCAUGCACGACGGCGAGCGCCCCUACCACUGCAUGGUCUGCAACAAGACGUACGCCAAGAUGGCCUCCUUCGAGAAACACUGCCGGAAGCACCAGAGGCAGAAUAGCGAACGGGGGGCAGAGCCUAAAGAAGAAGAAGAAGAGGAAGAGGAGGAGGAGGAGGAGGAUGAAGACGAAGACGAGAAGGAGGACGAGGACCUGAAGUCCCCUCCACUUCCCGACUCUUCCUCCUCAUCGUGCCCUCCCUCGACGUCAUCCCAGCCCCCUCUGUGUGAAAUGAACACCCGGUCCAAAACCAGGGCCAAGGCCAAUAGUAACAAAAGGAACUAAAUGCGUAUUAAAUACAUAGUC